AUGGAUGGAACGGAUUGUGGCAAGCAUGACGACAAGUUGAAGCAUCGUGUGUUGACGCUGCCAAGCUUGAGGGGUGGCUUGUUGGUUCAUGCGCUCAAGAAGAUCAAAAAGCGAACAGGAGUACUCACCUGCGAACUACGGUACCUCGAUUAUGGAGCAGAGGUGGUGAUCAACGGGAAGCCCGGCAGCGUAUUGAAUUGCGAAGAAGCUGUACUGCAAGUUGCCGAAGGCAGCAUUGAUGGAUUGGGCUUCGCAGAAGUCCGUCAUGAGGUAUCCUUUCCGGCCGCCAAAAAGCUUGACACUGGCAAGGCCAAACUUCAUCGGAGCCCGGCACAAGCCAUUGGAUGUAUGACAGGUUGCGACCUUAUCCUCGAUGAAGCACAGUCGCAGAUGCUUGUGGUGGGUCCUUCUGAAGCGGACUCCGAAGAGAGAGCAUGGAAGCCACCGGCAAAAGCGCCGCCGCAAUUCUUGUCUUUGGCCCAGUCUUCUGACCGUCCUAUAUCACCCGUGGUCCAAGCGGUGACAGAUGAAUUUGGCCGCCGAUACUAUUGGAACCACAUGGAUGCCACAUCGAGUUGGCAUCCACCUCCUCCACAUAUUGGCUUCUGGGAGCAUCUGCUUGAUUACAGGACGGGGCGAGCCUAUUUCGUAAAUCGUGGUACCGGACAGACUUCUUGGGACUUGCUUGGCCGUCUACAUCCGGGAGCUGAAGCAAAGGCGAAGCUUUCUGCGCCGUCUCCCAGCGCCUGGGUCCCACCUUCGACCCCGCCGGCACCUCCGUCGACAGUGCCCACAGAGGCCCCAAGCUCUGCCUGCGUGGCGAGCGUCAGCGUCGCAAAAUCGACCGACGGGCAGAUUGAAGGCCGAAGGGAAGCACGGCUUCGCACAAGGCAAGCACUGGAAGAGAUCAAAGCUCGCAGGCGCCGGAGUCCCGGACCUCCCGGUCCUUCGUCAUCAGUCCCGGACUACGAAGCUGCGGAAGAGUUCCUUGAGUUGCCUGCGGGUGGUGGAGCCGAGAACCAGGCAGAGGACCGAAACGACGAUGAUGUGGAGGCUGACGCUGAGCCAGGGGAGCUUGUCUACAACGAGGAGGAGGAAGAUGUGUUCAUCACAGAAGGCGCUGAAGGAACACAGACGCACCCAGAAACGUUCGUUGAAGAGGGCGAUCCAGGACGGUCAUCCCAGACAGAUCAGCAGGACAUGUCAGACGAGGUCCUCGUGGAUCUUGACCCAAUUCCGGAUGAUGGGCAGGCGUUCUGGGAACAGGAUAUGAGCAUGGAGUUCGACUUAGCCAACAAGGAUGAUACUUUCGAAAGCGACGUUUUCGAACAAGAAGACUUGGAUGACUUCGCAGACGAAGAGGCCAUCAAGCACGAGCUGCUGUCCGAGAUCCAGACAUUUCGUGAGCGUCAAGAGGAGGAGGUGCACCCAGAGGGCGACAUCGUGUGGCAAGUGGACGAGGAGGAGCUCCAUGAUAUGGAGCACGAACAGGUGAGACCUGCCGAGGGUCAUGGUCCCGGUGAACCGGGUGAGCCCGAGGCGGAGCCCGGUGUCAUCCGACCUCCAAUGCAGCCGAAGAGCAAGCACAAAGCCAAGCCGACACCGCCGUCCGAACCACCGCCAAACUGGCACAACGGCACCGAAAGUUCCCAGAACCGGGCAGACCUCCACGACGAUGCUGGCACGCAGUGGGCCCCAUGGAGAUCUCAGAAAGCUGGCGGCAAGAGACAGCAAGCCAAAGGCACAUGGACAGAACAGAAGACUAAGAGGAAAGUGGAGUACGCUGGGAACUCGCCACCUGCACUGAGAAGGAAAAGUUGGAGCACUGACAAUUGGGCUGGUCACGAAGGGCGCGGUUCCGAAUGGGGUGAUUCAAGCUGGGACGGCCCGAGCCAUCAGAGAGGGUAUCGCCAUGCAAAGCCCAUGGACAAGGAUUGGUCGCAGGAUUGGAAAGCUUGGAAAGAUGAGAGUACUUGGCAGCGAGGAAGCUCUUCCAGCUCCAAUAGAGGUUGGAGCUGGAAGCGCCGCUGA